AAACAUUCGCACUCGGCACAUAGAUAGUUCCCCUCAUUCACACACGCACAUACACACACACGCAGAGAGAGAGAGAGUGAGAGAGCGAGGAUGGAAGACAUAGAGGAUUUGUUGGUCGGAAGUCAGCCAUCUCCACCUGGUUUCCGGCUACCAAUUACCACCGCUGCCGGAGGAGCAGUAGCUGUUGGAAUCAAACCAACUUCAAAUAAAAAAACCAAACCACCACCAUCUUCUCACGUCCCUGGCACCCAGACCAUUUUUCUCAAGACAUUUGGGUGUUCACAUAAUCAGAGUGACAGUGAGUAUAUGGCCGGACAGCUUUCAGCUUUUGGUUAUGCUAUCAGUGAUAGUGCAGAAGGAGCCGAUCUUUGGCUCAUAAAUACUUGUACAGUGAAGUCCCCAAGCCAGUCAGCCAUGGACACAUUGAUUGCAAAAUGUAAAACUGCAAAAAAGCCACUUGUGGUGGCAGGAUGUGUGCCUCAAGGAAGUCGAGACCUGAAAGAGCUAGAAGGUGUCAGUGUAGUUGGAGUUCAGCAAAUUGAUCGGGUUGUAGAGGUGGUUGAGGAGACCCUUAAAGGUCACGAGGUCCGCCUAUUGACCCGCAAAACUCUUCCAGCACUCGAUCUUCCCAAGGUAAGGAAGAACAAAUUUGUGGAAAUCCUUCCGAUAAAUGUUGGUUGUCUGGGGGCUUGCACUUAUUGCAAGACUAAGCAUGCUCGAGGUCAUCUAGGAAGCUAUACAGUUGACAGCCUUGUCGGGCGUGUCAAAAGUGUGGUGGAUGAUGGGGUCAAAGAGAUUUGGUUGAGCAGUGAAGACACCGGGGCUUAUGGUCGUGAUAUCGGAGUAAAUCUUCCAAUAUUACUGAAUGCAAUUGUCGCAGCACUCCCAUCAAAUGGAAGCACAAUGCUUCGCAUUGGGAUGACUAAUCCUCCUUAUAUUCUUGAGCACUUGAAGGAGAUAGCUGUUAUAUUGCAGCACCCUUGUGUGUAUUCAUUUCUCCAUGUACCUGUUCAAUCGGGGAGUGAUGCUGUCUUAUCUGCAAUGAAUCGAGAAUAUACAGUAAGCGAAUUUAGAAAGGUAGUAGAUACAUUGACUGAACUGGUUCCUGGGAUGCAGAUAGCAACUGAUAUCAUUUGUGGAUUUCCUGGUGAAACGGAUGAACAUUUUGCUGAGACGGUUAAUCUAAUCAAGGAUUACAAGUUUUCUCAAGUUCAUAUUUCUCAGUUCUAUCCACGACCAGGAACUCCGGCUGCCAGGAUGAAGAAGGUGGCAAGUAAUGUAGUGAAGAAACGGAGUCGUGAGUUGACUUCAGUUUUUGAAUCAUUUAUGCCUUAUAAUGGUAUGGAAGGGAAUAUUGAGAGGAUCUGGAUUACUGAUAUUGCAACUGAUGAAAUUCACCUGGUUGGACAUACAAAGGGCUAUGUGCAGGUUCUGGUUGUUGGCCCAGAAAGUUUGCUUGGGUCUUCAGCAAUCGUAAAGAUUACUUCAGUUGGACGGUGGUCUGUUUUUGGGGAUGUCAUUGAGAUUCUUGAUCAAAGUAAUGAUAUCAAAAGUCAAACAGACAAAAAGGACACAAGUAUUCAAGAAAGAUGCUCACCUUGCUCCAGUCAAGAAGAUACAUGUGCAUGUUUAUCAAAAAAACCAGAACCCUGUGCUUGUGAAUCUCAGGCAUGUGAAUCCAACGGAUGCAAUAUUACUCUGAAUGAUUCAUAUCCAGAAUCCCCAAAUAACCAAAAUGCCGGAGGUAAUCCAAGUUUAUCAUUGAGGAGGAAACCUUCACCGGCUGUGAUGGAAAUGGAACACAACGACAUUCAGAAACUUGCCAGCAAUGUGCAUCAUCGGGAAUGGGGUCUUCUUGACAGAGCUCUUCUAGGUGGAAUUUUUAUGAGCUUGUUGACGAUAUUAGCUCUACUUUUUUAUGUGCGCUCUUGAAAUUCUUGGACAUUCAAUUUUGACUAUCUUUGAAAUCAUGAUUUAGAUUUUACUUUUGUAUGUGCGCUCUUCAAUACAUUGUGUGUUAUGAGAUUGGUAGCUUGUAAGUUUACAUAUUGGUAAUAGGAAAUACAACCAAAAAGAGUUAUUUCA